UUUCCUAGGCACCAACGGAAGGAUUGUGACAUGCUCUCAAAGCACCAAAGGACGAAGGGACUCAAGAACACUAGAGCCCAGUCCAAUCCAUGCCUACAAAUCCUAGCACCUAGAGAGUGACAGCAAAAUCAAGAGUGCAAGGCCAUCUUCAGCUACCAAGAGUUUGGAACCUACUUGGGCUAGAUGAGAUCCUGACUCGAAAAACAAAGGAAAAAAGAAAAGAACAAGAGUAGGGGAGUUUAUAAACCACUCUCCAAGCUCCACGAACUUACUGAAUGAUAAACAGGUUUUUUUUCCCUCCUCCUCUCCGACUCGGAACGGAGGACUACGGAGGUACACAGACGAUUCUUUAGGGAGCCAUAAGUCCCGGGGCCUCUACCGGACCCCAGCACCCACGCCAGUUCGUAUCUCCUCACGACCGAAUCCAGGGGCCGGCGACAGAAGGGGGAACAACCACAGCCGCGGCGAGUGGCCAGGAUCCCUCGCAGCUCGGACGCGGAGAUCCGCACACGCUCCAACCCCUCCGCCAUCUUCGCGGCGGCUGCUUAUAGCUGCUGCGACUCCGCCACCGCCGCGCGCAGCCAGGAAACCACGACGGACGGGCGGCGCGCGCUCACCCACUCCCACCCUUUUCCCCGCCCCCUCCCGUCGCCCUCCCCAAACGACGGUGGCCGCACUGGUAGCAAAAGCAUCCAGCACGUCCAACGAGGGCCAUGCCAGAGCGUGCGCCCAGCCCGCAGGGACCGCGCGGGCGCGUGCGCUUGCGCAGAGGUGUAACGCUGGAAGGUGUACGCUGAGGCUUGGAGGUGGAGGCGCGGCGCCCGGAAGGUGAGGUGAGGCGAGUAUUUCCUAAAUGACUUUACACCCUUUGCCACACUGGUCCUGGGCCAAGAUGGGCCAAAGUCCUUACCCAGAAUUUUUGAACUGAAAUUGAGAGAAAAAUCCCUCUUCAGUGUGGAAGCCAUAAAAUGUAAAUCACAGGAGCAUUCAGCAGCCAUGUGUCCUGCCGUAUGGAGCCAGCUGGUCUGCUGUGAAAAGGAAGCCGACAUGCCAAAGGCAGCAGAGAACCAUGUGUGCUCAGUACUGCAUCUCCUUUGCUGAUGUUGAAAAAGCUCAUAUCAACAUUCGAGAUUCUGUCCACCUCACGCCAGUGCUAACAAGCUCCAUUUUAAAUCAAAUAGCAGGACGCAGUCUUUUCUUCAAAUGUGAACUCUUCCAGAAAACUGGGUCUUUUAAGAUUCGUGGUGCCCUUAAUGCCAUCAGAAGCUUAAUUCCUGACACUUUGGAAGGGAAGCCCAAAGCUGUUGUUACUCACAGCAGUGGAAACCAUGGCCAGGCUCUCACCUUUGCUGCCAGACUGGAAGGGAUUCCUGCUUACAUAGUGGUGCCUCAAACGGCUCCCAACUGCAAGAAACUGGCAAUUCAAGCCUAUGGAGCCUCUAUAGUAUACAGUGAACAGAGUGAUGAGUCCAGGGAAAAGGUCACUCAAAGAAUUAUGCAAGAAACAGAAGGCAUCUUGGUCCAUCCCAACCAGGAGCCUGCAGUGAUAGCCGGACAAGGGACAAUCGCCCUGGAAGUGCUGAACCAGGUUCCCUUGGUGGAUGCACUGGUGGUCCCAGUAGGGGGAGGAGGAAUGAUUGCUGGAAUAGCCAUUACAAUUAAGGCCCUGAAACCCAGUGUGAAGGUAUAUGCUGCCGAACCCUUGAAUGCAGAUGACUGCUACCAGUCCAAACUGAAAGGGGAACUGACUCCCAAUCCUCAUCCUCCAGAGACCAUAGCAGAUGGUGUCAAAUCGAGCAUUGGCUUAAACACCUGGCCUAUUAUCAGAGACCUUGUAGACGAUGUCUUCACUGUCACAGAGGACGAAAUCAAGUAUGCAACCCAGUUGGUGUGGGAGAGGAUGAAACUGCUCAUCGAACCUACUGCUGGUGUCGGACUGGCUGCAGUGCUGUCGCAGCAUUUCCAGACAGUCUCUCCAGAAGUGAAGAACAUCUGUAUUGUACUCAGUGGUGGGAAUGUAGACUUAACCUCCCUAAGCUGGGUGAAGCAGCCUGAAAGGCCAGCUCCUUACCAGACUAUUUCUGUUUAAAUUCAUCAGAGAGAGGUUGUCUCUAGAUGAAAAUUUUUUCCAUCUUC